UCAAUGCAAGUGCUGGAUGGACUGUCUUCAUGCAGGAUCAUGCUAAGGGUGACGAGGACCCUUGGGAGGCAGAGCAGCGGGAGAGGAGGACUGCCAUGCGAGAGGGAUGUGGUAAUGUGCCCUAUGACACUGCUUUGAAUGCAUUCUUCAACUCAAAAAGGAGAUCAAAAUUUAACCACUUAUUAGUAGACGACAUUCACCGGGCCAUGUAUUGCUACAUCCCUAAGGUCUCAAGCACCACCUUGAAGAGGCUAUGGAUGAAAAUGACGAGCUUCAUCAAUGUCGACUGGGAGAAGAAGAAAAUCUCGCCUCAUGUCUUCUUUCAGUCAGACGGGCAUUUAGGAAAAUACCAGGCAUGUACUAAACCUAAACUGCAUCUACACAGUAUCACACAAUCUUUAAACAUCGACUAA